AUGAAGUCCACCACCGUUCUCGCCAGUCUAUUGGCAUCUGUUGCCCUCGCCCAGCCUCACCAUGGCGGCCACGGCCACCUCCACCGCAGAAAGGCCCAUCAUGACAAGCGUGCCAUCGUGACCGAGUGGGUAACCGAGACUGUCCACGAAACUGUGACGGUUCUCAUCGACGAGAGCACCACCGAGGUCAUCCUACCCACCAAGCCCGCUGCUGCCGAAGUCAAGGUGUCGGACCUCCCUGAGCCCCGUCCUGGCCAGUUCUUCGAGAGCCUAAAGUCCAAGUCAUCAGUGGCCCCCGUCACAUCAGUGGCACCACCCCCUCCCCCUCCUCCACCUGUUGUCGUGGAGCCAACUCCUACUCCUUCUCCCUCUCCCCCACCUGCUCCUGUUCAGGCCCCUCCUCCUGUUCAAGCCCCUGCUCCCCCUCCGGCGAACAACAGCCCUCCCGCUGCCAAAGGUGGCAGCGAAUCCGGCUCCAGCUCCAAACCCAGCGGCGAAGUUCACAACGGCGAUCUCACCUACUACGAUCUCGGACUUGGUGCCUGCGGCUUCGAUGACAGCGGGCUCGACCACACUGACAACAUUGUUGCACUCUCUCACUUGAUGAUGGGGACUCAGUCCAACGGCAACCCCUACUGCGACAAGACCAUCACCGUCAAGGUCGGCAGCAAGACCGUCCAGGCCCGUGUCCGCGACAAGUGCAUGGGCUGCGAGCGGGAGGCCAUCGACUGCUCCGAGAAGAUGUUCUUGGAGCUGUUUGGCUCGUUGGAGGCCGGCAGAAGGCCAGUCGAGUGGUGGUUCAACAACUAA